GCAGCUAAGCCCCGGGCACAUCGGGCAACCAGACCCACGGGUUGGGGAGGGAUAGGCUGAGCCGGGGCUCCCAGCAGAGACGCCUGGGUGGGGCAGGAGACCGCUCCAGGUGUGAGCCACAGAGGAGGGGAGAGGGACCCCCAGGGGAGGGGAAGUGGCAGAGCAGCUGCAGAAGUGCGGGGAGCGGGAAGGUACACGGGCAGCUGCUUUCCGCUGCCUCCGGCCCGGGCAGCUGCAGAAACAGCAGGGGGAGGAGCAACAGCUGCCAAAUUCGCCAACUAGAGGAGGGAGAGGCGGAGCUUGGGUCCCUGUAGAAGCCAGAGGCGCAGUCUGGACUGUAGUUUCCCGGGAGAGACGAAAGCAGGAACGAGAGCGGAGCGGAGCACAGUCCUCCGAGCACCAGCUCCAGCAUCCCGUCAGGGGUUGCAGGUGUGUGGGAGACUUGAAACUAUUACAAGAUGGCUCUCCUUGGACUCUUCUCUUUGCUGGUUCUGCAAAGUAUGACUGUAGGGGCCACUUUCCCUGAGGAAGCCAUUGCUGACUUGUCAGUGAAUAUGUAUAAUCGUCUUAGAGCCACUGGUGAAGAUGAAAAUAUUAUCUUCUCUCCAUUGAGUAUUGCUCUUGCAAUGGGAAUGAUGGAACUUGGGGCCCAAGGGUCUACCCAGAAAGAAAUCCGCCACUCAAUGGGAUAUGACAGCCUGAAAAAUGGUGAAGAAUUUUCUUUCUUGAAGGAGUUUUCUAACAUGGUAACUGCUAAAGAGAGCCAGUAUGUGAUGAAAAUUGCCAAUUCCUUGUUUGUGCAAAAUGGAUUUCAUAUCAAUGAGGAGUUUUUGCAAAUGAUGAAAAAAUAUUUUAAUGCGGAAGUAAAUCAUGUGGACUUCAGUCAAAAUGUAGCCGUGGCCAACUACAUCAAUAAGUGGGUGGAGAAUAACACAAACAAUCUGGUGAAAGAUUUGGUAUCCCCAAGGGAUUUUGAUGCUGCCACUUACCUGGCCCUCAUUAAUGCUAUCUAUUUCAAGGGGAACUGGAAGUCACAGUUUAGGCCUGAAAAUACUAGAACCUUUUCUUUCACUAAAGAUGAUGAAAGUGAAGUCCAAAUUCCGAUGAUGUAUCAACAAGGAGAAUUUUAUUAUGGGGAGUUUAGUGAUGGCUCCAAUGAAGCUGGUGGUAUCUACCAAGUCCUAGAAAUACCAUAUGAAGGAGAUGAAAUAAGCAUGAUGCUGGUACUGUCCAGACAAGAAGUUCCUCUUGCUACUCUGGAGCCAUUAGUCAAAGCACAGCUGGUUGAAGAAUGGGCAAACUCUGUGAAGAAGCAAAAAGUAGAAGUAUACUUGCCCAGCGUGAUCAGUCGUGUAGAUAUAGUUCUGCAGUCAGUUCUAUGUCAACCAUUCAAGAUGAGAACUAUCGUGCUCGCAAAUGCAACUCGGAAGCUGAGGGAGCUCGGAAUAGCAUCUUCCGGCGCGCACAACAAGAGCAAUAUAACGCAGUCUCGCGAGGAUAUCAAAUCGUGCAGAAGCGUCGCAGAAUGUUUGAGAGCGAGCUCCCUAUCUAUACGGCUAGUGAUGCGCACUGCGCGAUAUGGGGCCUCCCUGAGUAUACUUGCAAGUGGCACUGCACCGUGUAAGCCGGAAUCUGAGAUUGUUCACUAUGUUAGCAACCCUGGAACUAGGUCUCGCAGUUUGACUCUCAAUCGCAUAAAUUACCUGCUCGCUUUUACUCAAUUUGGCUUGCGCUUUUCUGAGCGUAACAAUAUGCUGUUAACUAAAUAUUUUUAUUCCUAUGUGUUCUCCACGGUUCACAGUGGAACAGGAAUUGAUUUAAAAGAUGUUUUGAAGGCUCUUGGAAUAACUGAAAUUUUCAUCAAAGAUGCAAAUGUUGACAGCCUCCUCCUGGCUGUGCCCCAUCCGCUGCUCAGCAGGGCAUUGAGACCAGGCUUCACUUUGGCUGAUUCCAUAUACACAACUCCUGCCCCAGCCAAACUAAAUACUCACUCUGUGUCUCACCUGUCCCCAGCUCUCUGCCUUUGUGAAGUCUCUUCCACAAGAAAAAUCUCCUGCACUGAACCUCAGCUUCAACAUCCCCAAUUUCAUCAACGCAUCAUGACUACAGCAACCAGAAAUAACAAGGAGAUUUUUCUUUCCAAAGCAAUUCACAAGUCCUUCUUAGAGGUUAAUGAAGAAGGCUCAGAAGCUGCUGCUGUCUCAGGAAUGAUUGCAAUUAGUAGGAUGGCUGUGCUGUAUCCUCAAGUUAUUGUUGACCAUCCGUUUUUCUUUCUUAUCAGAAACAGGAGAACUGGUACAAUUCUAUUCAUGGGACGAGUCAUGCAUCCUGAAACAAUGAACACAAGUGGACAUGAUUUUGAAGAACUUUAAGCUACUUUAUUUGAAUAACAAGGAAAACAGUAACUAAGCACAUUAUGUUUGCAACUAGUAUAUAUUUAGGAUUUGUGUUUUACAGUAUAUAUUAAGAUAAUAUUUAAAAUAGCUCCAGAUGAAAACAAUAUAUGUAAAUUAUAAGUAACUCGUCAAGGAAUGUUAUCAGUAUUAAGGUGAUGGUCCUUUUGUGUCAUUGUGUUUGUGUGCUGUUGUUUAAAAUAAAAGUACCUAUUGAACAUGUGA